CCACCGUACAUAUGUCCGCCCUCCCCCGCCUAUUGAUGCGCAAUUUACGCCCCAGCGCCGUGCUUUGCCCAUUGCAUCGCUUGGGUUUCUCUCGACUGCCAACUGUCGACGACGCGAAAUGUCUUACCUUUUCGCUCUCUCUCUCUUUCUCGCGCCUGCACUCGGAGCACUCUACACAAACCCGUCGCAGCUCCCCGGCAAGUCAAAUUAUGACUACAUCGUAGUUGGUGGCGGCGCUGGCGGAGGCGUCAUAGCGAACCGUCUGACAGAAGACAUCGGCACGAGGGUUCUUUUAAUCGAGGCAGGCUCAAGCGACUACCAGAACUUGAACAUCAGGGUCCCGGGAUUUGCUAGUAGGCUGGGAGGCUCACAAUUUGACUGGAAUUUCACGACUGCUGCGCAGCCGGGGUUGAAUGGUCGCACAAUUCCAUACACGCGGGGCCAUGUCCUAGGCGGAUCCACGUCAAUCAACUAUAUGGCCUAUACCAGAGGCUCAAAGGACGACUGGGAUCGCUGGGCGAACGUGACUGGGGAUGACGGGUGGUCUUGGGACUCAGUGCAGCCCUAUGUGCGAAAGAUGGAGAAACUCGUGCCCCCCGCCGAUCAUCACAAUACUACUGGCGAGAUUGAUCCGUCUAUCCAUGGCCAUUAUGGACCUGUGGGCGUCAGCUUGGCCGGAUAUGCCCUUCCGACGGAUCCUCGAGUCAUCAAUGCUUCCCUCGAGUUGUCGGCAGAAUUUCCCUUCAACCUCGACGCCAACUCGGGGAAUACCCUAGGCAUCAGCUGGUUCCAGUUCACGAUCGCAGAUGGCGAACGCGUCAAUUCGGCUACGGCUUACAUCGCGCCAGCCCUUCGUCGCUCAAAUCUCGAUGUCUUGGUCAACACCCAAGUCACCAAGGUACUUCGCACGGGCACGCAAUCAGGCAAAGCGGUCUUCCGAGGGGUGCAGCUCGCACAGAACGCGUCCAGUCGUGUUUAUACUUUGAAUGCACACGAGGAGGUCGUGCUCUCCGCAGGUGCGAUCAUGACGCCCCACAUCUUACUUCUGUCCGGUGUCGGGGAUGCUUCAUUGCUAUCUUCACUCGGCAUUGAAACGAUCGUGGACCUGCCUGAUGUGGGUCAGAACUUGCAGGAUCAUCCUCUGGUGUCGUCGUCAUAUACUGUCAACUCAACGAAUACCCUCGACAAUCUGACAGCGAACGCGACAUUGCUUGCAGAACAGCUACAGCAGUGGGAGAGCACCCGCACCGGAGAGCUGGUUAUCGGGCCGAGCAACCAAGUUGGCUGGUUGAGACUACCCGGCAAUUCGUCGAUCUUCGAAUCUGCGGCAGAUCCGAGCGCUGGCCCUACCUCCGCCCAUUACCAACUAUUUUUUUCAGAUAGUUUCAUAUCUUUUUCAGAACCUCCGCCGCCUGGCGGCCAUUUCCUUACCGUAUUCACUAAUCUCAUUUCUCCCUCGACACGCGGCAAUGUCACGUUGGCCUCGAAGGAUCCCUUUGAGUAUCCUGUGAUUCAACCGAACUUUUUCAGUACCGACUUCGACAUAUUCACCAUCCGCGAAUCCAUCAAGGCCGCCCGUAGAUACUUGUCGGCGCCUGCGUGGAACGACUGGAUCUUGGAAGAGUUCGGAUCUUUCGCUCAAGCGCAGACGGACGCGGAGAUCGAGCAGUAUGCGAGGAACUCUGCCUUUACUGUAUUUCACAUGUGCGGGACGUCGGCCAUGGGUAGAACGGGGAGCGUUGGGAGAGGAAGCGGCGCGCUCAACGCGGACUUGACUGUGAAAGGGACUGUGGGUCUGAGGGUCGUGGACGCCUCCGCAUUCCCGUUUAUACCCUCUGGACACACGCAAGUGCCGGUGUAUAUCCUUGCCGAGCGUGCCGCCGAUUUGAUCAAGCACGCCCACGCCUAACAUAUUCAGCGAGAUGCCGUCAUCGAAGCCACCUCUUAUCUUACCUGUUUUGUGUACUCGUACAUACCUCGUGUGUCUCAGCGUAAUCAUGAUGCUAUUCAUCACAUAUUC